AUGGCUGGCCUUGGCUUUUUGGAGGUCCUGCAUGACCAGCAAGUUCUCCCUGAUCUGUGCAGGCCCUUGUCCCUGACACAAACCCCCAACAUUGACCUAGAACCAGUGCCAGGUGGCUUCGGCCUGGAGUUUUUCUCAGCUAGACUCACUAUCCUGGGAGUUUCCCAGAAAGUCAUUGUCCUUCCACAGCCAUCUCUCAAUGCAGUAGAGGCCCUACAGAUCUUGAACUCCAAGAUUUCCAGAGGCCACAUGUCUGCUGAUAUCAAAGGAAUGAUGAAGGUAGACCUGAAGAAGAUUCAGAUGACAUUUGAGCACACGAAAGAGGACUACUUCCUUUGUAAAAGUAACUACCCACUUGAGAAGGGCCCGCCGAGCCCAUGCAUCUGCAGGGAGCGUAUACUGUGCCACUAUCCAUCCAGACCGGAGCGCAGCAUCACCUGCAAGCUUUGCGAGGCUGUCUGCCCCGCCCAGGUCAUCACCAGAGAGGUCCAGCCUCGGACCACCCGCUAUGAUAUCCACCCGGCCAAGCGCAUCUACUGCGGCUUCUGCCAGGAGGCCUGCCCUGCGGACACCAUCGUCAAGAGCCCCAACUUCGAGUUCUCUGCGGAGACGCACAAGGAGCUGCUGUUCAACAAGAAGAUGCUCGACAACAGGGACAGGUGGGAGGCUGUGAUCAUGGACAUCCAGGCCAACUACCUCUACCGCUGACGCCGCGCACCCAGCCGGCCUGCCCACAGCACGAGCUGCCCAAUGAAAGAGCUCUGCCUUCUCCCCCUACCACCACCCCUACCCCCCCCCAGAAAAAGCAUUGCCUCCUUUAGCAGUUGUUUGUUUCCAUUGGUGGGGCCAUCUUGAGAUUUUUUUCUCUUAAGAAGUGAAAGACUACCUCCCCCUCUCAAGAAUACUAGAUAAUUCAUCAGUGUGAAACACGUUCCGGAGCCAGCUCUCUUGUAUUCACUAAACCCUCCUUCCCACCUGAUUAAUAAAUAUGACUGCAGAUGCCACUGGGUUCCUUCUGUUCUUGGAACAGAUCCUACUUUUCCAGGGACGGGGUGGCUGACUCACAGCCCCCUGUGCUGCUUCUCUCCUGCUUGUGAUAAAACAAACACAAAUCAAUAAUUGUUUUAAUGUUUAUUUAUUUUUGAGACAGACAGAGAGAGAGAGAGAGAGAGAGAGAACAAGCAGGGGAG